GUCCAAACCGAACCACUUUUCUCCUCUCUCUCUCUAUUCAUUCUUUCGUUGCUUUGAAUUAAGACACAAAUUUUCUUCAUUUCUUCUGAAUUCUCGCCGAAUCUACCUCUUUUUUUUUUUGGAUUCCCAGAUGUCUCGGAGAUGACAUUUCAGUUCCAAAUCUCAGACCUUUUCUUAAGUUCAUUUGAUUGAUUUGAGACACUGAAGAAGAAAAUGAGAAAGCAUAGUAUUAGAGACUCCUUGAAAUCUUUCUUUGAGCCUCAUCUUCAUCCUGACAAUGCUGAAUUGCUCAAAGGAACAAAAACUGACAUAGAUGAAAAAGUGAAGAAAAUCUUGGGAAUUGUUGAGAGUGGGGAAAUUGAGGAAGAUGAAUCUAAAAGAGUAGUGGUUGCGGAGUUAGUCAAGGAAUUCUACAAAGAGUAUGAGUCGCUGUAUCACCAAUACGAUGAUCUAACGGGAGAGAUCAGGAAAAAAGUUCACGGGAAAGGAGAGAACGAGAGCUCUUCUUCCUCGAGCUCAGACUCUGAUUCAGAUAAGAAGAGCAAGAGAAACGGGCGGGAUGAGAAUGAAACGGACUCGGUAAAGAAACAGAUCGAAGCUGCAAAUCUUGAGAUUGCUCAUCUGAAAGGGAAGUUAGCAACAACCGUUGAAGAAAAAGAAGCCGUAGAAUCAGAGCACCAAGAAACUUUGAAGAGGCUAAAGGAAACAGAAGAGAUCUUUGGUAAUCUGAGGCUUGAAAAUGAGAAGUUAGCGACUGAGAACAAAGAGCUAAAUCAGAAACUGGAAGCUUCUGGCGAGAAGGAAUCUAAUGUGAAUCAGAAGCUAGAAGAUGUGAAGAGAGAGAGAGAUGGAUUGGAAGCAGAGCUUGAGAAGAAGUCUCAAGAAUUUUCUGAGUAUGUGAAUGAGAUGGCGAGUAAGGCCAAAGAACACGAGAACACGCUGGAAGAAAAUAACAGUCUAAAGGCACAAAAGAACGAAACCGAAGCAGAAAUCGAGAGAGAGAGGCAAGAGAAGGCAUCGUUGUUGAAUCAGUUAAACGAUGUGCAGAAAGAAUUGUUAGAGCAAGAAGCUGCAUACAAUACGCUGAGCCAAGAACACAAACAGAUCAACGGUUUGUUUGAAGAACGAGAAGCAACGAUCAAGAAGCUGACUGAUGAUUACAAACAAGCCAGGGAGAUGUUGGAAGAGUACCUGUCGAAACUGGAGGAGACAGAGAGGAAAAUGCAAGAGACGGGUAAAGAUGUGACGUCGAAGGAAACUGAGAUUGUAGAUCUCGAAGAAACAGUGGAGAGCCUACGUAACCAGGUAGAGAUGAAAGGAGAAGAGAUGGAGAGUUUGAUGGAGAAAAUGAAUAACAUUGAGGUUAAACUGCGUUUGUCAAACCAGAAACUGAGAAUAACCGAACAAGUGUUGAGGGAGAAAGAAGAAGAGCUGAAGAGCAUAGAAGCUAAGCAUUUAGAGAAAAUGGCGGUGACCCACGAAACAUAUAGAGGUUUGAUCAAAGAGAUCUCAGAGAGAGUGAAUUCGACAAUUCUGAAUCGGUUCCAAACUCUGUCUGAAAAAGUCGAAGAGAAGCACGGAAGCUAUGAGGAAACCGUGGUUGAAGCGACGAAGAUGCUUUUGAAAGCGACUAAGUUUGUGAAAGAGAUGAAGAAGGAGAAGGAAGAGAUGGAGAAGGAUAAAGAAGAGAUGGAGAAGAAGCUUGAAGGUAAAGUAAGGGAAGAGGAGAGAGAGAAGGAGAAGUUGAAAGAGACAUUGUUGGGAUUAGGAGAAGAGAAGAGAGAAGCGAUAAGACAGUUAUGUGUAUGGAUCGAACACCAUAGAGACCAUUGUAAGUAUCUUGAAGAGGUUUUGUCCAAAAUGGUUGUGGCAAGAGGACAUGGACGGUCACAGCGAGCUUAAAGUUAUGCCUCUCAACUGUAAGUUAGAGCUUAGCUCUGUUUAUUUAUUUAUUUUUUUCUUUUCUGAUAAGUAUUUGUUUUGUGACUUUUAAGUCGAAUAUGUUUUUGUUGCGGUGUGAUGAUUGUUUUGUAGUUGUUUGUAAGAUCAUAAAGCUGAAUCUGGAUGGAUGGUGAGGUUUGUAUAGACCCAUUGAUAUUGAUGUUGAUUUAAGGUGGAUUUCUCUUUGUAAAA